GGAAGUCAUCCAAGACGGAGAAUAGAAGGAAGUCAUCCAAGACUGAGAGUAGAAGGAAGUCAUCCAAGACUGAGAAUAGAAGGAAGUCAUCCAAGACCGAGAAUAGAAGGAAGUCAUCCAAGACUGAGAUAGAAAGUCAUCCAAGACUGAGAGUAGAAGGAAGUCAUCCAAGACUGAGAUAGGAAGUCAUCCAAGACAGAGUAGAAGGAAGUCAUCCAAGACUGAGAGUAGAAGGAAGUCAUCCAAGACUGAGAUAGGAAGUCAUCCAAGAUGGAGAAUAGAAGGAAGUCAUCCAAGACUGAGAGUAGAAGGAAGUCAUCCAAGACUGAGAGUAGAAGGAAGUCAUCCAAGACUGAGAGUAGAAGGAAGUCAUCCAAGACUGAGAAUAGAAGGAAGUCAUCCAAGACUGAGAGCAGAAGGAAGUCAUCCAAGACUGAGAGUAGAAGGAAGUCAUCCAAGACUGAGAGUAGAAGGAAGUCAUCCAAGACUGAGAGUAGAAGUAAGCCAUCCAAGACUGAGAGUAGAAGGAAGUCAUCCAAGACUGAGAAUAGAAGUAAGUCAUCCAAGACUGAGAAUAAAGGAAGUAAGUCAUCCAAGACUGAGAGUAAAAGGAAGUCAUCCAAGACUGAGAAUAGAAGGAAGUCAUCCAAGACUGAGAGUAGAAGGAAGUCAUCCAAGACUGAGAAUAAAGGAAGUAAGUCAUCCAAGACUGAGAGUAAAAGGAAGUCAUCCAAGACUGAGAGUAGAAGGAAGUCAUCCAAGACUGAGAGUAGAAGGAAGUCAUCCAAGACUGAGAGUAGAAGUAAGCCAUCCAAGACUGAGAGUAGAAGGAAGUCAUCCAAGACUGAGAAUAGAAGGAAGUCAUCCAAGACUGAGAAUAAAAGGAAGUCAUCCAAGACUGAGACUAGAAGGAAGUCAUCCAAGACUGAGACUAGAAGGAAGUCAUCCAAGACUGAGAAUAAUCAUGCAGAAAACUAA